ACUUUCAAGGUUACGAUGCCUCACUCGACUCUUACGGAUUGUGACAGAUACGAAGAAGGUGAUUUAUGUACGGAAAAAAAGCAUCUUUGGUUUGUUUGACUUCCUAAAGUCAUAAUAGUGUGCAGGUCUAGUCUACUCGAAGAGGUUACACACAAGGCUGCAGUGACAUUGUCUCCCUCCAAAACUCUUGUUGUUUUGGGUGAUGACGAGUGUGGGAAAACUACUCUAAUAGCUCGACUUCAAGGUACAGAAGAUCCAAAAAAAGGUUUUGGACUUGAGUACACUCUUUUGGAUAUCAAGGAUGAAGACAGAGAUGGUAUGGAUCGGUUUAAUUCGGAUGUUUUUGCAUCGCCUAGAUCAAACGAAGCUGAAUGUGUGGAUUUUGGAUGGCAACACAAUUCAUAGUCAUCUUUUAAAGUUCGCAAUCAAUGAAGAAUCGUUCGGAGACUGCUUCAUCAUGAUAUGUGUGAGCAUGAUGGAACCAUGGAAUAUUAUUAGCAGCUUAAAUAAGUGGGUUGGUAUCUUAAGAGAACAUAUUGGUAAUCUCAAAGUUUCAAAUGAGAAGCUUCAAGAAUACAAGAAAAAUAGUUAGUUUUCCCUAUUCUCUAGAAGUAAUCAUUCUUAGAAAACAGAUUGGCAAGCGUUUUUCUGUCAGCAGUUUUGUAUGGUACCCCGAUUAUUUUGUUUCGAGCGAAAGUAUAGUAGUCCAAAAAAGCCUUUUCAAUAACUGCUGCUUACCCUAAACAGUUUCUACGAUAGAUAUAAAGUGGAUGAUUAUUUUGCGCCAAUUCUGUAGUUAUCUAGAACCUGAUGUACUAUCUAACACUGCUCAUGUCGCGCCCAUGUGUAUCAGUCCAUCUGGCAAUCAUCAACCUAAUGGACUUGUUUCACCAAAAAAGUUAUCGGGAAUACACCCUGCAACUGCUGCUCUUCUCUCAAGCACAUUAAACUCACUAUCCGAAACUGCGUCUCAGCCACCGUCUGUUAUAAAUGUCGAACAAGCAAACAUUUCUAUGGAGACAAACACUGAUGAAAAUGCUCUAAUCAACAACUUGGGGAUUCCAAUAGUUGUAGUGAUGACAAAGGCUGAUUCUAUGGGGGCUCUGGAAAAAGAAAAUCAGUUCACAGAAGAACACUUUGACUUCAUUCAAAUGCAUGUUCGACGUUUUUGUUUGUCCUAUGGAGCGGCACUGUUUUAUGUGUCAGUAAAGGAGGACAAGAACUGUGAUUUGCUAAAUCGUUAUCUACAAAGUCGUAUCUACGGUUUUCCAUUCAGUCAAACUGCGUAUGUUGUCGAAAGAGACUGUAUUUUCGUUCCAGCCGGAUGGGAUAACCUAAAGAAAAUUGGAAUUCUUGAGGAAAACCUUACUCAAGUUCAACCGCAUAGUCUGUAUUCUGACGUAGUUCCUCCACCACCGUCGAAAAAAGCAGCAGUUCGCGAACCGGAACUAUUUACUCAAGAUGACCAAUCAUUUCUUACUCGCCUCUCGGUCAGUGUGCAAAGAGAUAAUGCUCAAGCAAAUAUUUCAAAUAAUACAAUAUCUGGUAAUUCGGAUUCUGUCAUGGAUCAGCUUGGAACAACUACUGCCUUGAUGAAUACAUCUUCCAAUGUUGGAAGUAGACCAGUUUCUGGAUCUCCUCGUACACCUGGUUCUGCUGGUAGAUCAAAGGACGUUGUCUUGCUGUUAAGUUUCUAUUGACAAAUCUAAGUGGAUAAUCAUUCCUGAUGAAUAUCUGUUGAAGUUGAAGGAGUUCGUCGUCUUAUUGUGUCAUUAGUAGAUAUUCGCCUAAUCCUCGAGGAUUAAGUGUGAGUUAAAUUCCUCUUUCUACUCAAUGGAAUCCAGCUAUGGAAAUUCGUAAAUUGACCAUUCCAUGUCAGUUUUCUACAUAUAGAUCAUUAUAAAGAACCAUCUGACCUUUUCAACUGGACAUCAGCUUAGGUAAAUGAUUUCGUCGGUCAUUGCAUUAUCGAUAUGUAGGUAUCAUUACCAAGUUUCAACUUGAUAAUUUCGAAUCAAUUGAGCAUUGGGUAGAUUGUUAUAAAUAAAUAAUAUAUUUGCAAUAUCCCAAUGAGUGGUAAAAUUAGAUUUUCUGACGUUUCGUGACUCACUGUAAGCCACUUCUUCAGAGAAUAAAUAACCAAAAUCAAAACUAAUCCCAGUUAAAAUAGUACAACGGAACUACGCAAAAAUAUUAUGUGCAGUCAAUAAAAAAAACCAGGUCUGAACAAGUCAUUGUCAUGUCAUUUUGGUCAAGGUGAUUUACAAGCGACAUGUAUGUAGAUUUUUUGUGUAUGUGUGCAAGGUUAGGGAUGUAAAAACGUAACCUUUGUGGUGCAAAAGGAUAGAGUUUAAUUUAUAUGUACGAUAACAGUGUGAGAUGUGAAUAGAAUCAGACAUGGUAGCUUGGAUAGAUAGUUGAAUUCGGAGGUAUGAUGAGGCCUUCUUUUCUAUGGAAAUCAGUAUGAUUAAGCAUUAUAUGGAAAGCUUCAACUACUCUCCCUUCUUUGUAGUUGGAAAAACUUAAUAUAUGGUUUCACUCAGCGUUUUUUGUCUGACUCAGCUAAUAUAUUGAUUUAAAGUAGAUUUAUUUUUUAUUUUCAUCAAUGUCUGCAGUUUCUAGCUAAUAUAGUCCGCAUAAAAUGGUUUUUUUCUAGGUUCUUAAUACUAAACCAAACACUAUAUGUACCAAUACUAAAGUUCGAGUUAAUUGAGUAGAAUGUAAACAACAAAAUAAUCCCAUAUUUGUAGAAUCUCGAUAAGUAGCAACACUUUAUAUCUGUAAAUAAGAACUUUCGUCUAAAUUUGAACGAAUAGUUUCGCAAUAAACGUUAUAUCUGCUUUUACAUUGUCGUCUUUACCCCACUUCCGUUUACCACUCAAAUCUUGUUUGUUUUUUAGCCUCCUUCAGCUGUUGGUGGAGCUGCUGGGACAACAGGUGGACCUGGACCAGGGGCUUCUGAAGGUGUAUUAGCCAAUUUUUUCAACAGUCUGCUUAGCAAACGCACACCUGUUGUUGGUGGAGUUGGCGGUAUUGGUACAUCUGCAUCACUGAGUACACAAGGUUCUCUAGAUAGGACGUCGAUCUCACAAAAAGAUAUUCAAUCUGAGCUAAAGAGGUUGGCUCAAAGCUCUCGUGAAGCACUGGAUGUUGGAGACAAUGGUCCUGAACAGUUAUUGGGUGAUGUUCGACAACAAAAACUGGACGAAAUGAAAUCAGUUGUCUCCUCAUCUCCUAAACCAACUAAGACAACAUCUAGCACUAACGAGCAACCAAGUCAAGUUUAGCUAUGCAUUGAUUCUUAUUAUUUCCCAUAUUCUUGGUCUACGAAUUCGGUUAACAAUUCAGAUUAUCUUCAAUACAACGAACUGUAUGCUUUAAUAUAACAUUUUCAUUCUUC